UCGUUGCUGGCCGUCUUAUUGCUGGUAUUGGUGUGGGUUUCGAGUCCGCCGUCGUCAUUCUGUACAUGUCCGAGAUUUGCCCUCGCAAGGUCCGUGGUGCCUUGGUCGCCGGUUACCAAUUCUGCAUCACCAUCGGUCUCAUGCUUGCUUCUUGCGUCGUCUACGCAACUCAGGACAGGAAGGAUACCGGUGCUUACCGUAUUCCUAUCGCCAUCCAGUUCAUCUGGGCUCUCAUCCUUGCCGGUGGUCUCAUGUGCCUUCCCGACUCUCCCCGGUACUUCGUCAAGAAGGGUAACCUCGCUGCUGCUACCAGCUCUCUGUCCCGUCUUCGUGGCCAGGACCCCAACUCCGAGUACAUCCAGGUCGAGCUUGCUGAGAUCGUCGCCAACGAGGAGUACGAGCGUCAGCUUAUUCCCUCCACCACCUGGUUCGGCUCCUGGGCCAACUGCUUCAAGGGUUCUCUCUGGAAGGCCAACUCCAACCUCCGCAAGACUAUUCUUGGUACCUCUCUUCAGAUGAUGCAGCAAUGGACCGGUGUCAACUUCAUCUUCUACUACUCCACCCCUUUCCUCAAGUCCACCGGCGCCAUCUCCAACACCUUCUUGAUCUCUAUGGUCUUCACCAUUAUUAACGUCUUCUCCACCCCCAUCUCCUUCUGGACCGUUGAGCGCUUCGGCCGCCGCACCAUCCUCUUCUGGGGUGCCCUCGGCAUGCUCAUCUGCCAGUUCCUCGUCGCCAUUAUCGGUGUCACCGUCGGCUUCAACAAGACCCACCUUGACGCCAACGGCGAGUCCAUCGCCAACAAUGUCAGCGCCGUCAACGCCCAGAUCGCCUUCAUCGCCAUCUUCAUCUUCUUCUUCGCCUCCACCUGGGGUCCUGGUGCUUGGAUCUUGAUUGGCGAGAUCUUCCCUCUUCCCAUCCGCUCGCGCGGUGUUGGUCUGUCCACUGCCUCCAACUGGCUCUGGAACACCAUCAUCGCCGUCAUCACCCCUUACAUGGUCGGCGAGAAGCGCGGCAACCUCAAGUCGUCCGUCUUCUUCGUCUGGGGCGGUCUUUGCACCUGCGCCUUCGUCUACACUUACUUCCUCGUGCCUGAGACCAAGGGACUCUCGCUCGAGCAGGUCGACAAGAUGAUGGAGGAGACGACCCCCAGGACUUCGGCCAAGUGGAAGCCUAGCACCACCUUUGCCCACGCGGCUGAGGAUGGUAUGCUCAACGUCCCUGCUGAGAAGCAGGUUUAAGCUAUGAGCUGAGCGUUGACACUACCGAAAGAAAAAAAAAAGAGAAAUAGAAAACAAAAGAAAGAGAGAGAAGAUGGACAGACACGCACGCUUUCGACCAACACGGCCAGCGUUCGACAGAGAAAGAUGAUGGAUACCCCGCGAUUGUAUUUUGAGCGAAUGAUUUUGAUGAGCAAGCACGAGUACGAAAGCAAUGAAAUGCGUGAUGGGAAUGAUUUUUCUGUACAUGCGGUUGGAUAGGCUAAGAGUUCUUUAUGAUAUCUCUGAAAAUGCGCGGGGUGUGUACGAUGGCGCUGGUGUGUGGUGGCUGUCCUGGUGUCGUUGUUGUGGUCUUUUCUUUGUCAAUCCUCGAUACCUUGGUAUACCCUCAUCGGAUACCGUAACUAUACCACUAGCCUUACUUAAUUGACGACAUCAACCGCA